AUGUGCUUCGACGUUCUUAGGAAUAUUAUAUCCGACAUCUCCGCCAUAAUUUUACUACUAGGUUCACUCUUCCUGAACCUCCUCGCAUUACCGGGUGCAUUCUGGCGGACGCUAUACGACUGGAAUCAGAGCAUCCGAGGAGGCAUUCGAUAUUUCCUAGUGCCCAGACUGAAUGCUAACGGCGAUAUCUACAACCCUCCUGCCAUUAACCGCUCGCACAAUGAGUCGAGGCGUCGGAGAAGACGACUAGUUAAUGGGACCCGGAAUGAGACCGCUGGGGACAGAAGUCCGUUCGUGGUUACUCACUAUGACAAUGAUGACUCGCAUGAUUCUGAGCAAACUGUGGAUGAGACUCUGGCAGCCGAUGUUGAUGAGCUGAUCGCAGCCGAACGACAGCGAGCAGCGGAAAGACAGCGAGAAGAGCGGGGACAGCGAGCGGAGCAAGGGCUACAAGAGCAAGGACCUCACCAGCCUGGGCCGCAACAGUCCGGGCAGCAACAGUCAGGGCAACAGCAACCAGAGUCCCACGGGCAUGAGCUACAACAGCUAGAACCACAACAGCAGUCAUCAGAGCUUCCACCACGUGAACCAAUGCCGCGUGAGAGAGUUGCACCGCAGCAAGGCUCAGAAGAACCUGGACAAUAA